GUUAAAUAAGAUCAAUAUUUGAUCAAUUUGAAGAUCAAUUUUCUUUACAAUAUUGUGAUGCAAUAUUGUAGAGUGACCUUGUGUUGGAUCGCAUUCAGAAUCUUACAUUACGAUGGCAGAGCUAGAUAUUUCUAACAAAAUGGUUGAACAUGUCUCGAAGAAUUUUACCGUGGAAAAUGGCGUUUACAAGGGCAAAGCGGAGCAUAAAUCGAAUAACUACAAAAGUGUUGGAGAAAUGUUAUGGACUAACAUAAGAAAUCAUGGAAAUAAUAUCGCAUACCUGGAUGCACAAACCGAAAAAACGGUAACAUACGCACAGCUGCAAAAUAAAGUUGUGAGAUGCGCCUUAUGGCUGCAAAAACAAGGAAUCAAAUCCGGUGAUGUCAUCAGCUUGUGCACGAAUAAUCAUCUCAAUUCCAUCGUGCCUUGUCUUUCGGCAACUUAUAUCAAUGCGAUUUCCAACCCGUGGUACGAAAAUAUGGACUUGCAAACUGCAAUGCACGUUUUGGAACUGACCACGCCGAAGGUGAUCUUCUGCAAUGAGAAAUCCGUGGAUGUCGUCUUGAGCGCGAUAAAAGACAAAAAUUUCAAUCCCACGGUGGUGAUUUUCGGUAAGCAUGUCGAUGCAAUUUCGUUCUCUGAUAUUUUGAACAAUUGCAAUGAUGCGGAAGUCUCAAAUUUCCGUUACAUUGAGCUCGACGACAUCCAGAAGACGGCGUGCAUCUUGCACUCGUCGGGUACUACGGGACUGACGAAAGGUGUCGAACUGUCCAACUACUACGUACUAAUUUUCAGCCAGGAAAACAAGUUAAAAAUAAAUAACGCGCCAUCACUUUGGUUUUCUUCUCUUUAUUGGCUGAGUGGGAUAAUAUUGAACUUUAAUGCGAUCGUGAAUAGUUCCAAAGUGAUCCUCUAUCCAGAAUUUGACGAAGAGAUGACUUGUCAACUGAUAGAGAAAUACAAAGCAGGAUUCGUUUUCUUGAGCUCUAGCAUGCUCAAUCGGUUUCUCAAAGCGGGCUACGUAAAGAAAUAUUCUUUGUUAUCUUUGGAAACAAUUUCAUACGAUGGUGCAACAACUAAGUCAAAAGUGCAGGAAGAAUUGAGACGUAUUUUGCCACAUGUCCAGAUAUUACAAAUUUACGCAAUGACAGAAACCGGUCUCAUAACAAUGCAACUGCCGAACCACAAGAAUGGAUCUUGUGGAACAGUUACUAAGAAUGUACAAAUAAAAAUUGUGGACUUAGAAAACGGAAAAGUACUUGGUCCGAAUCAGUCGGGAGAAAUAUGGAUAAAAUCUUUAACCUUAAUGACUGGUUAUUAUAGAAAUCCUGAGGCGACGAAAAGUACGGUUGAUGAGGAAGGGUGGCUACACUCGGGUGACAUCGGUUAUUUUGACGAUGAUGGGGAAUUAUUUAUUGUUGACAGAAUAAAGGAACUUAUAAAAUAUAGAGGAUAUCAAAUCGCACCCGGCGAAAUCGAAGAUGUGUUAAUGUCGCAUCCAGCAGUGCUAGAAGUAGCAGUAAUAGGAAUACCUCAUGAGUUAGACGAUGAGCACCCUCUUGCUUUUGUCACCAAGAGGUCUAAUGUCAAGGUGACGGAACAGGAAUUGAUGGACUUUGUAUCGAAGAACGUGAUGGAUCACUUCAAACUACGUGCAGGAGUGAUAUUUCUGGAUGCUUUUCCGUAUACAAGUUCAGGGAAAAUUGCGAGGAAAGAUUUAUUACAUUUACUCAAAACAAUAUUCUUGACUUGUGUCAAGAUAUUUGAAAACUAUUAGUAAAAAA